AUGUCACCUUUUGAAGAAAUUACUGUGAAUGGAUUGUUGACAUCUCAAAUAGUUGUACCAAUUAUCGGUGAUGUUCUGAAAAAAUGCAAGCUCAUAGUUUGGGAUGAAAGUCCAAUGUCUCAUAAGAAAGGAUUUGGAGGAGUCACAGUACUGCUGGCUGGAGAUUUUCGACAAACUCUACCAAUCGUAUCAAGUGGAACUCAAGCUAAUGAAAUUGCAGCCAGUCUUCAUGACUUUUCUCAUUCAGAAAAUCUUAGUCCAUCAAAAUUGUGCAAUGAGACACGUCUAUGGACUAUUGGUCUACAAAGGAAUUUGAUUGAAGCUAUUAUUAUGACUGGAUCUGCAAAAGGUGAAUCAAUUCUUAUUCCUCGGAUACCAAUUAUACCAUCAGAUUAUCCUUUCCAAUUCAAGAGAGUGCAGUUUCCUGUAAAAGUAUGUUUUGCCAUGACUACAAACAAAUCACAAGGGUAA